CAGCAAUAUAAAACUUUUUGUAGUUGUCAAAAUAUGAUAAUUUCUACCAUUUCAUUAUCUAUACAUAAUGUUACCGUAUUAAACGUAGAUAUUUAUUAAUUGAUAACGUAAUGUUAACGUGAUUGUGUAGCCUUCAAUCCCUCCAUAUAUGUUUAAAAGUAGGUAGGUACCUACCUACAUACAUGAUAGUUUUUUAAUUUAUUUACAAAAAGUAUUCUGCUUGCAUUUCAAAAUAAAAAAUAUUGCAUUUACUUAGAAACGAAUUACAUACGUGGUGACAUUCAGUUGCAUUGUAUUUUUGAAAAAUGGAAUUAAUCGGAAGCGUAAAAACUUCAGAAUGGGGUAAAAUUGGAAAUGAUUCAGAAGUUUGCAGAAUAGCUCAGCUGAAUUAUGAAAAUUUUCAAGUCAACGCUUCUACUCCAUACGCCGAAUUCUGGAUGGGAGAUCAUGAGAACGGACCUUCUUUGAUUAAAUCUUCAAAAGAAACACUGUCAUCGUUUUUAGACAAGUCUUCGAAAAAUCUAAUAGGGGGGCAUCAAAAAUUGUCGUUUCUUUUGAAAAUUCUAAGUGUUAGCAAAGCGCUUAGUAUUCAAGUACAUCCAAAUAAAGAGGAAGCUAAGAGAUUGCAUGAAGAAAGACCAGAUAUUUAUAAAGAUCCAAAUCAUAAACCUGAACUGGCUAUUGCUUUAACACCAUUUAUUGCUUUGUGUGGAUUUAGACCGUAUAAUGAAAUACAAGGGUUUCUUGAUAAAAUAUUGCCUCUCAGCAAUCUUAUUGGAAAUCAAAACGUCCAAAAACUAAACGAAGGUGAAAGUGGGUUAAAGGCUUGUUAUACUCAAUUAAUGACAGCGUCCAGUGAUAAAAUUUCCGAGUGUAUCGAGGCAAUAUCUAAAAAUUAUAAUGAAACUCUGGCUGAGUACAAACUUUAUAAAAUUUUUAAUAAAAUGAAUCGGGAAUUUCCAAAAGAUGUUGGCAUCCUGAGCUUGUUUUUUUUAAAUGUUAUUCGACUUAAACCUGGUGAAUCAAUUUUUUUGCCAGCCAACUUACCACACGCAUACCUAGAAGGAGAUUGCAUUGAAUGCAUGUCUUGUUCAGACAAUGUCAUCCGUGCAGGUCUUACACCAAAAUUCAAAGAUGUUCCAACUCUCUUAGGAAUGCUAAAUUAUAAAGGAGAACCUGCAGAGGAAAAACUUUUUAAACCAGAUCAAAGAGAUGAACACGUUCAAAUAUUUGCUCCGAAAAUCGAAGACUUUGCAGUUGUUAAAUUUCAUUUUACAUCAGAUAUCAAGGAAUAUAAAUGGAAAAACAUCGAAUAUGGAUCAAUUUUGCUAGUUUUAGAAGGUGAAAGAAUUCUGAGGACAGAAACUUUAGGAGAUAUAAAAUUAUAUCGUGGUUCGGUUAUAUUUAUUCCUGGAAAUUGUGGUAAUUUUAUUAAUUUCGUAAAAUCUGACAAUUACCAAGGCAAUUUCACUUCGUAUUUGGCGUCUUACAAUAAUUUUUAAAAUCGUGAUUCUUUAAGUAGAUUAAGCCAUUCCGUCUUUUUACGCAUUUAUUUUUUAUAAUAGAUCAAUCAAAACAUAUUACAAUAUUUUGUUAAAAAAAAUAAAUUUUUUUGAUUUUUAAAACGUUA